AUGGCGCCUGGUGCGGCCAUGCGAGCUCGCUACGCCACCGGCUUGAGACCGACGGCCAUCGAGACCUUCUUACCAAUAAUAGAAGUUGACGCCGGUCAAAUACCGGUGACAAUCAAAGAAGCCACCGUCGCUGUUGGUCGGGCCGCUGCCCCACUGGUAGCUACAUGGACAAGAAGGAGAACAUGGAUACUGAAGGUGGCGGCCAUCCUAACAUUCUUAACGUUUGUCGUGGGUGGCACUCUAAUUCUUGCUUACUGGCUGGGCGGCGGUAGCAGGGAUGAAGAUCUUUUUUGCGAAAGCUACGACUGCCGUCACCACGAAGCGCUCAUCGGAGUGCGUCUGAACAGAAGCAUCGACCCCUGUGUGGACUUUAGUGCAUUCGUUUGUUCGGCCUGGACGGCGUCAAGCGUAUAUCAGGAUGGGUCACUUUCUACACAACAGGACGUCGUGGAAACGUGGUCGAUGCGCUUUGAUUCAUUGCUCAAAGGUGGGCAGGGUUUCGCGGAAGCAAGAAAGAAGGCCCUCAAUAUGCUAGAAACUUGCCAGAAUAGGCCCAACGAAACUUUCACUGUUCAAGUGCUGCGAAAGUUUAUGGACGAGCGUAAUUUAAGCUGGCCGGCACAGUGCAAGCCGAACGUCCAUCCAAUGAGAGUCCUUCUUGAGUUAGAUUUGCAAUGGGGCACUUCACUGUGGUUUCAUGUGCGCCUUCUGCCGAAGCUGCAUAAUGGGAGGCGCGCCAUGGUCAUUAGUCCAGCGGCGAGCAUUGUCAAGCAAUCUAAGCAUCACAGAAAACUCGUGUACAGCGGCGCGUUUUUCGACUAUUGGCGCAAGUACUACGAGCUCUUCGCCCCACCAGGUAUUGUCCCCGCUACAGAAACGGAGAGCAAAAAGGAAGAAAAAGUACAUACUUUUGUACUUCAUGAACUCUUGGAGGCCUGCCUUGUGUUAUCUAUAAGACAAAUGAUGCUGAAAAACAUAGAAAAGAACAUUACAAAAAUAUCUUCGAAGGAAUGGAUAGAUCUGCUAAACAAAAACUUGCAAGCGCAUCCCGCUAUCACCGGCGAGGACCACGUUAUUGUGACACACGACAUGCUACUUUAUGCUAUUGACAAGAUCACCAGGACCCAGGAAAAUUGUGAACUAGUUCAGAACAUUGCUUGGUUGUUCUUGCAGGUGGUUGGACCCGUCGCUGACUUCGACUUACUAGAGCUUAGCGAAGAAAGCUUACCAAACGGGCCCUGGGAGAGGACAGCGGUCUCAGCAGCGCGAGCUGCAUUUUGCUUGUCAGAAGUGGAGUGGACGUAUCGCUUUCUCAUUAUUUCACUCCACACACUCGCCAAUUUCCCGAGCGAUGAACGCGAAAAGCUCGAUGCAAGGCUUCGGGUCUUACGAGAGGCUGCCCUGGACAAGGUUGCCAAUGCUACGCGCAUUGAUCGUUUGUCAAAGCGACGAGCCCAAGAGAAGUUAAACGCGACACUCACGGUGCUGUGGCCACCCGAAAAGCUUAUCGAUGAAUCGUCGAUAUCCCUUAUGUACACCGACUUUCCCCAAACCGAUACCACUUUUGCCCCCCUCUGGCUACGUUUGCGACAAUCCUUCCAUAAUAUGUCCAAGAACAAGAUGUAUGACGAGGCACUGUAUAUGCCCCACAACCUUGCCCUACCACUUCUAGAUUACGACUACAUACUUAACACAGUUCACAUAUCCCAACAAGCACUUUCGGCACCUGUAUUCUAUGCUCAGGGCACACUGGCCAUGUUUUAUGGUGGUUUAGGAUUCCUUUACGCCAGCCAGUUGGUGCGUGCUCUGGACAAACAUGGGCUGCGAAUUAACGGCAGCGGACAUAUAACUGGCUUGUGGCUUUCGUCUGCGUGGCGUCAUGCAGUCAAUGACGUUGACAAUUGUCUGGGUGGUUACGUAAGCCACUUUCCCGAAAUACCGGCACUCGAGGUUAGCUACAGUGCAUUAGAGCGGGAACUUAGUCAGAGCAGCGACUCUCAUCAACGUCUUCAUGAUGGCUUCACCGAGCGGCAGCUGUUCUUCGUCACUCUUUGCUUCCUAAUGUGCAGUCGACCGGGUGUGGAGUCCACGGGAGACUGCAACAAAGCUGUCAUGAACUUCCCGCCCUUUGCCAGAACUUUCGCUUGUCCAAUUACCACCAGAAUGAGGCCUGCUAAGCCUUGUGCUUUUUUUGACUACCGAGUUUAG